GCUAAUACCGGAAGUCUGGCUGUUCUUAUAGUUCGCUGGAAGGUUUUUGAUGUGGAGUGCUGUCGACUCUUUUCUGUAAACUCCCUGCAGGAUAAUGCUGACUCGGUUGAAAGCAAAAUCAGAGGGGAAGCUUGCAAAACAGAUUUGCAAAGUUGUGUUGGAUCAUUUUGAAAAACAGUAUUCCAAAGAACUUGAAGAUUCCUGGAAUACAGUGAGGGAUGUAUUGAUAUCUCCAUCAUUGUGGCAAUAUGCAGUCCUCCUCAACCGAUUCAAUUAUCCUUUUGAACUGGAAAUGGAUUUACAUUUAAAGGGCUAUCACCUACUCUUUCAAGGAUCUUUACCCUACUAUCCCAAAUCCCUGAAGUGUUACCUCAGCAGAAAUACAGACCGUUUACCUUCAGAAAGACACCAGUUUGGUAACCUGAAAAAAUACUAUCUCCUAAAUGCUGCUUCUCUUCUCCCAGUACUGGCUCUGGAAUUAAGGGAUGGGGAGAAGGCUCUAGAUCUGUGUGCUGCUCCUGGAGGCAAAUCAUUAGCACUGCUGCAAUGUGCUUGGCCAGGAUAUCUUCAUUGUAAUGAAUAUGAUAGACCGAGAUUGAGAUGGCUGAGACAGACAUUAGAAUCUUUCAUCCCACAAACUUUGAUAAAUGUAAUUAAAGUGUCUGAAUCGGAUGGCAGAGAAAUGGGAGAUGCUCAGCCUGAAACAUUUGACAAGGUAUUGGUUGAUGCUCCAUGUUCAAAUGAUAGAAGUUGGUUAUUCUCUUCUGAUCCUCAGAAGGCAGCUUGUAGGAUACAUCAAAGGAGGAAUUUACCUGUUCUACAGAUGGAACUCUUAAGGUCUGCAAUUAAAGCCUUACGUCCUGGAGGGAUACUUGUGUACUCCACAUGCACACUUUCCAAGGCAGAAAAUCAAGAUGUGAUCAACGAAAUUUUAAACUCCUACAGUAACAUCAUGCCUGUGGACAUUAGGGGAAUAGCAAGGAAUUGCUCCCAAGACUUCACAUUUGCUCCCACUGACCAGGAAUGUAGCCUUUUGGUGAUCCCAGAUAAGGGCAAAGCCUGGGGCCCAAUGUAUGUAGCCAAAUUGAAAAAAUCAUAGAGUACAGGAAAAUGGUGACAUGAAUUUUGUAAACCAUUUUGAUGUAUAAUUACGUUUAUGUUUCUGAGCUCUCUACAUAUUAUUUAAAUGAUGACAUAAUAAUUUUCCUUUGGUCUGUUUGGAAUCCUAUUUAUUUAAGCAUCUUAGAACCUAGCCAUGAGAAUUUUCCAGGUGUAUUUAUUUUUUUUUAAAUAUAUCUGUAGCAAUGAUUUAAGGUGAUGCAGAUGGCGUUUGUUCUGUAUAAUAAAUCUGCUGUCUUUUACUUGGCAUUUUAUAGUUAAAUUAAUCAGAAUAUACGGUUUUAUGCAUAAAAUGUUUAGAACUACAUUCUAUCCAUGAUGUUGGUACUUUGGGCCUUUAAAAAUGCAUGUUUGCCAGCACUCUUACUGUUUUCUUCCUUAUCAAAUGUACAGAUUCCUUUUUUGUAAGAACUGAUUGGUAUUCUGAGACUAACUUCUUAAGCAGUACAAUUUCGAGAUCUAACAAAAUAGGUUUCUUAUUUGCAAAGUUGUUUUCUGUUAAGGACUAUCUUCUGUUUACUGCAAAGGUCAGUGACUCCAUUGACACCAGCUUUAUUCCCCGCCCCGCACUUUUUUUGUAUUCACAAAUACAAAUUGAAAGGGUAAAUUAUGUUGAAAGGCCUUUAGGACAGCAAAUUCACAUGCACAUGUUUGACUUUCGACAUUCAGCUUGAAGAAUAAUGGAGUCUAUCCAGCAGGCUAUAAAGCAAGUACUUGAAACAAAACCAGGAUGAUUAAUAACUGCAAUAACUGAACUAUAUUUGGAGAGUUUUGUUACAUAAUUGCAGUCAUAAUGAGCACUACAGAAUCUGAUUAUCUUACAGUUGCAAUCUGGAGGGGCUUUUUAUUUCACUCUGUUAUAAAAUGUUAUAGGAAAGUAUGAUGUCACAUAUUAAUACACAAGAGGGAGAUGCCUAAUGAGAGUGGAUUGUACUAUUACCAAAACCCAAUACCAUUUACUAAGUGGCUCUCUCUGUUACAUAAAUCCUGGGAGUACUGUGUAUGUUUCUUUAUGUGUACUUAGGGUUUUAGCUUCAAUUUUGCAUCAUGUGUUUUCUCCAGAAAUUACUUCAGUUGAGUCCAAACAUAUUUUACCAACUAUUAUAAAAAUUAUGCAGCAUAUUCUAAAGAUAUCUGUUUGGAAAUUAGUUUUUUUUUUUUUUAAACUUUGUGGUUGUAGAAGUAUGAAAUUCUGCUGAAGCAGAAUUCUUUUAUAUUGUUCAUUGUAUUCUGUAUAUUUAAACUAGAGACAAUUUGCUCACUACAUACUUUUUACUUUAUAAGCAUAUGUAGACAGAUUUUAGAACUAGGAAUUCCUAUGAGGAAUAUUUUUUCUGUAUCUUCAUUUUAUUAACACCUUUUAAAAAAUCUACCCAAUGUGUUUAUAAAAUAAAACUAGAUCUCUGGGACCCAAACAAGUAUAUUGAGUCAGUACCAAAGAUUAAUGAUGAUGGAAAAGUUUUUGUGCUUCUUUUGUAUUGCUUUGUUUGUGCCUAUUAGUUUAUUUUCUAUUUGAAAUCUUGACUUAAGAUCCUGUAGGUUUAUAAAGCACAUAUCUUGUGUGUAGUUUAAUCACAAAGUAAAUUUUCACAGUACACUCUGUUAAAUGUUGUUAUUUUCCCAGUAUAAUUCCAUGAGGCUUAAUUUGAAUAUUUGGUGUGACAUUGGAUUAGACUCUCCCAUGAUUACUUAAAAAUACAUCUGUAUAUUUACACACAACAUAAAUAUAUAUAUUUCUUUAUUUAUAAUAAUUAUAAUGAAGCAGAAUUCAUCAAGCAUUGGUUGAUUAAAUUCUUUAUAUAUAUAUUGUCUUUUU